AUUUUCUAUAUGUCACUGUCAACGCUGUCAGUGUCAUAAUUUCUGUUUGUCACCUCUGUUCAAUAGUCCUUCACAGGUUGUGAAUUUAUAAAAACAAAUAUCUAUUUACUAAGUAAUUAAUCAACUGUGCCAUAUAACUUGAAUAAAAUGACUCAAAUCGCCCCCGUAGUUAAGAAUCUUAUUUACGCUGGACAAAAAUAUAUUCCUAUUGCCAAUGGGAGUAAGGUUCAUUUCCAUUUCCAAACAUGGAAACUUGGAAAGGAGAGAGUUCUGCUGGAUGAUAGCAGAAAGAUAGGGAAGAAAGAGCCCAUGGUUUUGGUGAUAGGCCAUAAGUUCAAACUGGAAGUAUGGGAGACUAUAGUCAAGAUGAUGGCGGUCGGAGAAGUGUCCAGCUUCAAAGUUCAGAAAGAGCUAGUCUUCAGUUACCCCUUCAUAUCAAAAACUCUACGUGAACUGGGACAGGACCCCCGCAGGGUAAAGCACUCAUGUACCAUGACUCUGCACACUGAGGGGCUUGGCCAUGCAGACCUCGAUGACUUGAUGAAGAACCCCUGUGAUUUGGAGUUUAUUAUAGAAAUACUAAAAGUGGAAAGAUCAGAUGAAUAUGAAAAAGAGUUGUGGCAGUUGAAUGCUAAAGAGAGAACGGAUUUGAUACCCAUGCUCAGAGAAAAGGGUAACAAACUUUAUGUGCAGAAGAAGUACAAAGAGGCUGAGGAGGCCUACCACGAGGCUCUGGGCAUUUGUGAACAGCUUAUGAUCAGGGAAAGAAAAGGAGAUGAAGAAUGGGCUGAUUUGAAUAAAAUAAAGUUACCCAUACUACUCAACUAUGCACAGUGCAAGCUGCUUAAUGGAGAAUAUUAUGCAGUCAUAGAACAUUGCAACACUGUCCUAGAAUUUGAAAAAGAUAAUGAAAAAGCGUUAUACAGGCGAGGCAAAGCGCACGUCGGCGCUUGGAACCCCGAUGACGCAGAAGACGAUUUCAAAAGGUUAAAAUCUUUAAAUCCGUCCAUGGCAGCCACUGUAGAUAAAGAACUGGAAAAUAUAAAGAGAUUACGAAAAGAAAAGGAGGACCAGGAUAAAGAUGCGCUUAAAAAUAUGUUCGUGAAAAAUGGGACCAUGUAGCAAUAACGGUCACUGAACUUCGUCGUUUAUGGACUAACUAAGGGUCUCCCCACGUUUUUCGACGCGGAAUCGGAUUAAUUCGAGGGCGUAUCUCCACACUGCUCGACUUAUCGUCGACCAGCUAGACAAACGAUUCAUUUCGGCAUGUUGGCCGACAUCGCGACUCGCCGUCCUAGCCGAGCCGAUGCGAAUGCUAUUGUCAACACCAACACCCUUAUUACGUUGUCCACGUAAAGGCUGUUCUGAUGAUGGCGUUAGCCGAUUCCGCGUCGAUAAAUGUGGAGAGACCCUAAGUGACAUAGGUAUAUGGUAGUGACGUAAACUUCCAAAAGCCAUUGUGACGUAACCCAAAAGGGCACUGGGAUUUCUUGUAAUGUAGCAUUACUUGUGAAGUAGUUUUUAUGAAGUUUCACUCUUUUUCUCCAAGAAUUAAACUAGUGAAAUAAUGAGAUUUUAGGUUCAUUGGAUUUUUUGAAAGAGAUAUUUCUAAGAGAAGUACAAUAAUUAAAGAGUAAUAAUAUGUAUUAGUUUAUGUUCGUCUAUGGUUUAUUUUCUUGGAGAAAAAAUAGUCUUGGCCUCGGCUAGACAGUCCAAUGUAUUAUUGCUAUUUUUGAUACUUAAGUAGGUAUUCCUAGGUAAACUGAAUUGUAUAAAUGAUUUUCUAUAAUUAUUUUUGGACCUGCACAAUUUAUUUAUGAAAGCUAAUAACUGUGAAGAAUUGAUUUUAAGAAACGUGAUCAAAAAAUUGGUCCCGUCUUUUCCAACGUGUUCGAAAAUUAAUUUAGAAGUAUAGAUAAACAUAUCUGCAUUAUUUUAUACUAAGUGCUCAGGCUAUCUAGCUUUUCAGGAUAAAAAUAAAGCCAAAUUAUAUCAUUGCACUAAGCACUCUAAGCAGGCGUCUCCUGUGAAGUUUGAAGUGGCAACCCAACUUAAUAUUGCCAGUUGCCACAACUUACAUUCAUUUUUUUUCAAAAAAGUUCUUCCUACUGUUAGGGCAAGAAAUAAAAAAGUGUAUUUAAACAGACUUUAUACCUCGUGAAGUGCUAUUUGCUAUCGUAACUAGUCUACCAUACUUACGUGUUAGUUAAGUACAUAAUAUUAUGUAAAGUAAAAAUCCUUUAUACCAAUAUUUUCAAAAUCUGUUGUAACUGUGACUAAUUUAUUAUAAUGAUUAUUUAUUGUAUAUUAACUUGAAAAUGUAUAAAUUGUUAAAAAAAUGA